UCGCCGCUUGCUUCGGGCUCCGAGGUCGCGCUCUCGUGGGCUGCGGGGGCGUGUAAACGCGCGGAUCCGGUGGUGUCGGGCUCGGUCUCUUCGAAUUUCGCCGCGGUUUCCCUGUACGAGCGGUUGGGGUCGGGUCGUCGGGUUCUUAGGGUUUCCGAGCUCGAUUGAAGCUUGAUUCGUGCCGUUCGUGGGGCGUCUGUUGCUUUAUGGAGUCUAGGAUGCGGGCUCGGUUAAAAGGAGCUCAAUUUUGAGCUCGUUCGCGGUGACUUACGAUUAGGUCGCUACAUUCGCGCCUGACACAUGUGCAAGUAUUGUAGACUACAGCUUUAUUAGCUCGCCCUGUUGCAGCUUUGGUCUGCCUACUCCACUCGAUUUUUUUUCAUUAGGGCACCCAGUUUUUAGAUGUAUUAGGGCCUCCAUUGGAUCCUUUUUAACCAAUUUUCAGCUGCAAGGUCUUGUUGUGACCUUGAUGUCGUUGGUCUGUUUCUGGUCGAUCAAGUCCUGAACGUGGUAGGCUAUCUGUAUAGGUUAUUUUAAAGGUCACGAGAGCAUCCAUCAGCUCUUAUUGGGUUCGUACAGAUGAGUACAGGUGGUGCCUAGCAUGGUUCAUUCUCAUGGUGAAAACCAUUUUAUCUUGGGUUGAGUCUGUCCUGGAAGUCCAUUUGAGGUCCUUGCUUCAUGGAAUUUUAACUACGUGCCAUCCUAAACAAGUUGCCGGACACAGCCAGUCUCCCUCUUGCUCCAUGGGUGGUUUGAUUGGGUGUUUCAAAUUCAGUAAUGUCUGUAUCAUGUGACAAUUUGUGGAAAUCUGCGCCCAAUCCUUUCCUUUUUAACUCCCUGCUCGGUUGCUAAACAUUCAUGAUUUGGUAUGAAGUAUAACUGAGCUCGAGGCAGGAAAUUCAAGCUUUUAAAUCAAUGUCUUUCGUAAAGAAGCACCAAAACAAAGUUUGUCGGUUUGCCCUUUUCCCCAGAGAAUGUGCGUGGCACUUAUUUCAUCAUGAGAAGGGGAAAAGGGUACAAACACGAGUCCUGGAAAUAAAGGCCCCACCUCCAUAUUGACUUUCUGGAAAGUGGUAAACAGCUACCAGUUAUUCUAGCUACCUGGUAAUAACUUGUAGCAUUCUAGAUUUGGUGAGAUUGUGGAUUUACUGAGCUUGUGAGGUUUACAUAUAUGACUGAUUGCUUCCAUUGUCGUUUUUUCUAUCGUGAUUUGGUUUUUGGAUUGCUGAGUUUUAAUUAAUGAUUGGGUUGGACUGGUCUGCAUUAAUGUUUUGGAGUCCAUUUGUUGUAGUUAGAUGCUAUACAAGAUGCCAUGAUGUUCAUGUCCAAAACUUUUUUGCUGCGUUGACUUGCAUCAGACAUGUCGCGCGGCAGUUUGGCUAGUGUGUGUAGCCUGCGGUGCCCCAGCUGAGACACAAUAGCUUAAGGGUGAAGCGGGAAGAGGAGCAUGCCAUGGCAGCAUAGCUCUCCUUGAUGAUACUGAGAUUAUCAGAGAGACAAGGUGGAGGCAGGCUAUCCAUUUUGUUACUCACUGGUGAAAGGGUGGGCGCCAGGAGGGAUUUAUGGGGUGACAGAGCUGUAGCGUGUUGUUGAAGAACAUGGUGAGGAAAGAAGGACUGGUGGUGGUUAAGUGCUUUAGUUCAUGGAGUCCUGGAGGGAUUUCGGACAACCACACGUCCACACAAAGGAGGAGCUUGCCCCAAUUAGAGGCGGAAAGUUUGAGGUUAUUUUUGUUUCCCCAACUGGUGAGGAGAUCAAGAGCAAGAGACAGCUGACCCAGUACCUGAAAGCUCAUCCUGGAGGCCCUGCAUCUUCGGAGUUUGAUUGGGGAACCAGUGAUACUCCCAGACGGUCAGCACGCUUAAGUGAGAAGGUCAAGCCAACCGAGAGCCCAGAAGGUGAGAAGACCCCUAAACGCGGAAGAUCAAGCUCUAAGAGGGGCAAAAAGGAGAAAAAAGAAGAUGCAGAGGAUGCCAAUGAAACUGUAGACCGUGGCACUUUGGAAGGCACUGAUGUGGAGAUGAAGGAUGCUGAAAACACUGUAGAAGAGAAUAAAGAGGAGGUCCCCAGUGCAGAUGUUGCAGAUAAGACUGAAGGAGGUGAAGAGAAGAAAGAGGAGGCCUCUGGUGCAGAUGCCCCAGAGAAGACUGAACAAGGCGCCAAAGGCCAAGAGCAGGCUAACAAUGUCGCUACCCCAGAAUCAGAGAACAAAUCAGAUGCAAAACCAGCUGAAUCUAAAGUAGCUCCACCGGCACCUGUAGUAGAGGAAGAGAAGAAAGAGGCGAAAACCGAGAACACCCUGGCAGCUGAACCUGCGGUGCCUCCAGCAGCUGAAUCCGCGGUGCCUCUGGCAGCAUCUUCAGAGGGAGAGAAGAAAGAGGAUGGUGGCGUGAUAGAACCCGUGGCACCACCUGUGGCUGAAACAAAGGCAGAUGCUCCUCCAGCAGAGGCAGCAAAGGAGGCUGAGAAUUCGGGCCAGGCGAAUGUCGCCCCCCAAGAACCCUCGGCAGCGAACUGCGACAGCAAGGGGCAGAUCCAACCAGGCGCCUCCGCUGUGAGGUGCACAUAAAGGUUGCUCGGUCUGAGAUGGGAUGCGUCGCCGUGUGUUUAGGACAUUAUCUCGCAUUUGCUUUGAGAUUUGUAAUCGUACUUAACCUGACACCGCUGCGCAGCACUAGGCUGCCCAGUAUGUAGUUUUCCUUCCCUUCUGAUGGCGGCGGUGCCGCUGCUGGGGGCAGUAGGCUGGCCUAUGCCGCCUCGGUCUCCCGCAGCCACCGUAAGCUCUGUACUACCUGUGUAACUCGUUAGCGUGCACGAACAUUGAUCCCUGGAGAGGGCCGGAGGACGUGUAGGCCUCCGCCCGUGUUGUAACGUGACGUUAUAUGUGCUGUUAUGCCUUGUGUUUAUGAACUUAUUAUGAUCCAUAAAUAAAGCCGUAGGCGCGGCAGGUCAUUUGCCUGACCACCUUCGGGCGCCGAAUUAUCCUA